AGAAUGGCUUCUGUGGUGUUGCUCACGUUUGACGACGUUGCCGUUUAUUUCACCCAAGAAGAGUGGCGGAGUCUGGAGGAAUGGCAGAAGGAGCUCUAUAAACGCGUGAUGGUGGACAAUUACCGGACGCUGCUCUCUCUGGGUAAAAACGAGCGCCUGGCGGAAUUCUCCAAAGGGCUCAAUCCGCGGAGCUCCGCCCAGCGGGGGUAUUCAGACAAUUCAUUGGAGGGGGUCCCCCUAGUGAUUGCGCGAAUUCUGAGUGGGGAGGAGCCGUGGGUCAGAGGUCGCCGGGAGAUCCCACACAAAAAUCCAACAAAUGGCGCAGAAAACUUGCAUUCGGUGGAUUCUUUAAAUAUGAAGGGUCCGCUGUCGGGGAGGGGCUUGCUGUCCUUCAGGGAGGAGUCUAACUCCAGUGACCUCCCAUCCGAUCCCACACCCGAUCCCACACUUGACAUACGCGGGGUCCUCAGACACCUGCAGGUGGAAGUGGCCGAGGAGAUUCAGAGCGUGCGCGGCGGGAUCCGAGACAGAGCGAGCGCCAUUCAGACUGCGUUAUCGUCAUUAUCCUCUGAGAUUAGUGCUCUGGGGAAUGUGCUGCAGGCUCUGCUCGCCCUCGUUCCAGCUAAGCAAAUGAUGGGCGUCCCCAUCACGCCCCCCCAAACACCGCCUGCCCCCUGCCCCCAUCACCCCGCCGCCGCCCAGGAGGAGGGGCGGUGCCAUCCCCCCGCCGCCGCCCAGCAGGAGGGGCGGUGCCAUCACCCCGCCGCCGCCCAGCAGGAGGGGCGGUGCCAUCACCCCGCCGCCGCCCAGCAGGCCCUAACGACGCCGCCAGGUCGCUGAGCAGGUCGUAGCACAGAACUCUCUGGUAUGAGGUCAUCACGGGGCACAAGUUGGUGCGGAUAUUUUUUGUCUUGGUAAAAUAUUUUAAUAAAAAUGACCAUUUCUGGUG